CGACGGAAGUAAAUAAACUACUGAAACUUUUCUUCCCGCUUUCGUCGGCCAUCCACCGCCGGCUUCGGCGGCGCCCCACUCUGCGACCUGCCUAAUGAAGGCCGACUGAUCAUGGGAUGCUUCUUCGGCAAGCUCAACUUCGGAUUCGGCCUCUUCCCAAUCGGAGCUCCUCCCCAUCUCGCUCCCGCCACCGCCGCCUCCUCCAAACCCCACACCUCCGAUCGUCGAUAUUCUUUCGGGGCUCCUCAUCCACGUCAUCGACAUCCUCCUCCGGAGGAUCCACUUCUCCGCUUCCCAAUUUUUUUAUCCCCCGCUCGGGGCAACCUCGGGUGGCCGCCCUGGCUCUCCGCCGUCGCCGGCGAUGCCCUCGCCGGAUGGCAUCCCCGCCGCGCCGAUUCCUUCCAAAAGCUUGAGAAGAUUGGAUCGGGGACGUACAGCAAUGUGUACAAGGCGCGGGACCUGGUGUCGGGACGCGUGGUGGCCCUGAAGAAGGUGCGGAUGGAGAGCGUGCAGUCUGCGGAGAGCGUGCGGUUCAUGGUGCGAGAGAUUAUCCUACUCCGCCGCCUCAACCACCCCAACGUCGUCCGGCUCGAGGGGCUCGUGGUGUCGCGCGUCCCCUUCUCGCCCUCUCUCUAUCUCGUCUUCGAGUACAUGGACCACGACCUCGCCGGCCUCGUCUCUCUCCCCGGCGUUCGAUUCACUGAGUCCCAGGUAAAGUGUUAUAUAAAGCAAUUACUCUCUGGACUUGAGUAUUGUCAUGGUCAAGGUGUCUUGCACCGUGAUAUAAAGUGUGCAAAUUUGCUACUUAACCAAGAUGGCAUUCUUAAGAUAGCUGAUUUUGGACUAGCUACAUCUUUUGAUCCUAAAAAGAGAAAGAUUAUGACAACUAAUGUUGUGACGCUCUGGUAUCGUCCUCCAGAACUCCUACUAGGUGGAACUCAUUAUGGUGUCGGUGUUGACUUAUGGAGUGUUGGUUGCAUUUUGGCUGAACUCUUUAUGGGGAAGCCAAUACUGCCUGGACGGACUGAGGUAGAACAGCUACAUAAAAUCUUUAAGCUGUGUGGAUCACCAUCAGAAGAUUAUUUUAAGAAACUAUGCUUGCAGAAGUCAACUUCUUUCAGAUCUUACAAGCGUUCUAUAAAAGAAGCAUUUUUGGAUCUCCCCCCUUCUGCGGUGUCUCUCAUUGAUAAACUUCUUUCGCUAGACCCCGUUGAGAGAGGCUCAGCGACCACGGCCUUGAAAAAUGAAUUCUUCAUGACAGAACCUUAUGCGUGUGAUCCAUCUAAUCUACCUCAUUAUCCACCAACUAAAGAAAUGGAUAGGAGAUUGAGGGAAGCUGGAAGGCGACGAAGUGCUAAUGCAAAUGAAAAUAAGGGUACCACUCAUAGAAUCAAAUUGAGAAAUGCAAGCUGCAGAGGGCCAGUAGCUUCACAGGAUAGUGCCCAUGUGCAAAUAGAACUUGAUCGGAGGAGACUGAUAAGUAGUGCAAGUGCCACAAGCAGGAUUGAGAGGUUUCCACCGCCUCAUUUGGAUGCAGCCAUGGGAGCCUCAUUCUGUGCUUCACUUGAUGACACAGAAUCUUUCAUCACAACAGAUGAAUUAUUCAUAUCGCCAGCACUCGCUGCUCCUCAGAAGAACACAGCGGUUGUUACAGUGAGUUCAGUGGAUUAUUUGAGCAGGAUUUCUUCCAGGAGAAACUACAUAGGUAGAAAAGACCAUUAUGUGAAUCCUUCAGGUGUUUUAAUUGGGGCAUUCAAGCCACAGCUCAUCGGUCCUCCCUCAGAUUCUAGAAGGAGCAUCAGAUCAGAGAAAGGUAGGGGCAGGGAAUCAACCACUCCUACUGCAGUUAUGUAAUCAAUUUUUACCUACCCUUCUUCUCACUACAAAUCCAGGAAUGUUUCUUCUGGAAAUUCAACUACAACAGCUAUCAACAUCUAUAGUUAUAAAAUUCUUUUUUAUUUUGAAAAAAAAAAUGUUCUUUAUAUUUUCUUUUGGUUUUCUUGACCUAGAUCAUGAGAGCAAGUGAACACAAUUUGAGAAGCAAAAAUUGGCAUUUUUUCCUCCUGUAGUUUCAAGUAAAUUGAUGUGAGAUGAAUUAACCUGUUGAACAGAUCUUACAGAUAUGCUGGUAGAUGACAGCUAUUUUCUUUUAA